AGGUUGAUUUAGCUGCCAGUCAACAAACACCAAAUAAGAAUUGACGCGUAAAUAAACGAUGGCCAGCUAGCCAGCUAGUUACAAAUAAUGUGACACCUAUCUUCUUAGAGUUUACAUUUCGGUCAACGUAGGGAUUUUGGUAUUUUGCAUUAUCAAGUAGCUAAGCAACCAUCCUGUAUGAAAGCAGUCACGAUUGGAGUCACGAUUCCUGGACAAGUAACGUUAACGUUAAGUAGAUUGCUAUUUGGCUGCUGGUACUUAAAUCUCAUAAACACUGAAUAACAUUUGAAAUGCUGAUGUUUGAUAGUCAGAGCCCACAGUAGGUUUGUCGAUGUCAUGGUCGUUAUAAUGUUAGUUGGAGCUAACUUAGGUUGAUGUUACCGACUAACAUGCAUUGGUUUUUUAUUUCCCUCUAGGAAGAUGAUAUCCCAGGUGUUCAUAUUGUCCUCCAAAGGAGAUCACCUCAUCUACAAAGACUUCCGUGGUGAAGCUGGAAAAGAUGCUGUCAACAAAUUCUAUGAGAUGGUCACUGCAUUGACUGGUGACCAGCCUCCAGUUGUAAUGAAACACAAGGAGCUGCAUUUUGUUCACAUCAGACAGGGAGGGCUCUAUUGGGUUGCCACGACGAAAGCUGAUGCCUCUCCCUUCACCAUCAUCGAGUUCCUAAAUAGAUUAACAGCCCUGGUUAAGGACUACUGUGGUUGUCUGUCAGAGAAGUCUGUCCAGAUGAACUUUGCUCUCAUUUAUGAGCUGUUGGAUGAGGUAGUGGACUUUGGUUACAUCCAGACGACCUCUACUGAUAUCUUGAAGAACUUCAUCCAGACUGAGGCGGUCAGCUCCAAACCCUUCAGCUUGUUUGACCUCAGUAACGUGGGGCUGUUUGGAGCAGACACCCAGCAGAAUAAAGUGGCCCCCAGUGCAGCUGCCACACGGCCCAUCGUGUCAAGUCAAGGAGAACAGGGAGGCAAAAACGAGAUAUUUGUGGAUGUGAUUGAAAGGAUGUCUGUAGUCAUUGGUGCCAAUUUUCGUGGUAUCCAAUUGGUAGUUACAGUCUUGUCUCAUCGCUGCAACACCUGUACAGACUCGGGAGAGGGAGUUCUGAUGAAGGCAGACAUUGAGGGAGAGAUCAGAGUGAAGUGUUACAUGCCAAGUUGCUCAGAGAUGCGGAUUGGACUGAAUGAAGAGUUCAGCAUAGGAAAGUCCCAGCUGAGCGGUUAUGGGGCAGCUGUUCGUGUGGAUGAGUGCAGCUUCCACCAGGCUGUCAGGCUGGAUGAGUUUGACACCUACAGAAUCUUGAAAGUGUGUCCCAGCCAAGGAGAGCAAACAGUGAUGCAAUACCAGUUGUGUGAUGACCUGCCCACAGCCCCUCCAUUCCGUCUAUUCCCUUCUAUAGAGAGGGACAGUUGUGGCAGGUUGUUGAUGUACCUGAAGCUGCGGUGCGACCUGCCCCCAAAGAGCGCUGCUAUUAAUGUUUCUAUUACAAUACCGGUACCCAAGGGCUCGCUUCGUCUCUCUCAGGAGUUGAGCAGCCCGGACCAGAGUGCUGAGCUGCAGCCAAAAAACAAGGCUGUCCAUUGGGAGAUCCCUCGCUUCCCUGGGGGAGCCCAGCUCUCCGCCCUGUUCAAGCUGGAGGUCUCUGGCCUUAGCUCUGCCUCGUUACAGGAAGUGGGACCGGUCAGUCUGAGCUUUGAGCUGCCGAAGUACACCUGCACAGGACUGCAAAUUAGAUUCCUCCGCCUGUCCCCGAUACAGCCUGGACCGUCGCAACGCUGGGUCCGCUAUGUAACCCAUUCAGACUCGUAUACCAUCCGUAUCUGAUACGGACAUACAGUACACACACACACCAUUGAUCAGUCAGACUCUGGCUUACUCUCAAUGCAGAUGUGAACCCUGAUCUUGACUGCCUGAAAACGUCAAGGGACUUUUGUAUCAUGUGUAUUCUGUAUAUGGUGGAGUGACCCAAUACAAAUCUACUACAUCAAAAAGUUACCCAUACAUUUCACUAUUGUCAUUAUAUUAUGUCAUAUGGGAAAUCAUUCAGGAAAGUCUAUGAAUGUGCAUAAAAACAUAUUCAGCACUUUUGAGUUUCUGUAAUGCAGGGAUAAUCCGGAUCAAUAUACAAAUAACCAGGACCAGCCCCUGGAGGUCUGCAGAGGUACUGCAGGGGAUCCACAGCUAGAUUAAAAGUAUGUGUAUAUAUAUAUACAGUACCAGUCAAAACACCUACUCAUUCAAGGGUUUUUCUUUAUUUUAACUAUUUUCUACAUUGUAGAAUAAUAGUGAUGACCUCAAACUAUGAAAUAACACAUAUGUAACCAAAAAAGUGUUAAAUUAAAAUAUAUUUGAGAUUCUUCAAAGUA